GUUGCAAUGUCUAGGUUUGGACUUUGUACCUUUUUAAAGAAGGUGCGUGUGUUUAAUUAUAGGAAAAAUAUAAUAAAACGGAAUUUAUGCUUGUAUAUGUAUUAAUAAACAGAAUUUAUGCUUGUAUAUGUAUUCUUACGGACGUUUACAUUUUUCUUGAGACCAUUAGCAUUUAGCAUCACUAGUUUUUAUUUUAUUUUUUUAAUUUUUGCUGAGUUUAGCACCACUAAUUUUCAGAAAUGGUCUCUUGACCAUCAAUAAUAUUGUGUUAUACCAAGUCAUAUUCUCACUCUUCUUCCUCUACUCCACAACUAACCUCAAAACUAGGACUUCCCAUUAAUCCGGACCUUUGUACAAGUAUAAUCAUAUGUGUUAGGUAUAUAUAUGUAGCCUUCAAAUGCACUCUAUUGUUCCUGGUGUCCAUCUUACUAUAUUUUUCAUCCACCUAUUAUAUGCGUUUUAUAUGAGUUUAAAGGCUACACACACUCACAAGCUAGCUGGAUCACUGUUUAUCUAUGGUGGUCCUGGUGGACGAUGGGGACAACUGGCGACAACAAACAACCAGCUGCGAUAUUGCACUACUGUAGAAUCUGCCACAGGGGGUUCAGUUGCGGUGGAGCUUUAGGGGGGCAUAUGCGAGCCCAUAACAUUGCGGAAGUGAUCAACCGCAUUCAAGAACAACAGCAUCAGCAGCAGGAAGGAUUGGUUAGUGGCGAUAAGGCGGAAGGCAACAAGCAUUCCUACUUUCUCCGGACCACCUCAAACCGGUUUUCCAAUCUCCAGUCACCUGUCCGAGGUGAGUAUUCUUGUAAACGUGCACGUUUAGACGAUGACAGACUGCUGUCACCUAUAUCGUCGUCUGUCAUGGAAGUUGAAGAUGGAGGGGCAAGGAAGGGAUACAUUUGGAAGUUUGUUGGAGUGAAAGGUAACGAGAAGGGGUGUUUUUCGAGAGAAGAAGAAGAUCUGGCCAAUGUUCUGGUCACAUUAUCGAACAACUCUACAGAUAGCAGUAUCUGCAAGAACAAAACUAAAGAGGCGUGUAUGGCGCCGUUAGCUAAAGGCCUUUUCCAAUGUAAAGCUUGUAAGAAAGUGUUCAAUUCCCAUCAAGCACUGGGAGGACACAGAGCUAGUCACAAGAAAGUUAAGGGUUGUUAUGCUGCAAAACUCGAUGAUCUAACCGAUGAUGAAAUACAGGAAGACGACUACAUUGGCCACGACGAGACCCCAAUGUCUCAAGAGCCUCCUCCCGAUCCUCCCUGCAAUCCGACUUCCCAAAACACUUCCCACCAUGAUCACGACUCAACGAGGGCUGAGAAAGUGCACGAGUGCUCGAUAUGCCAUCGGGUUUUUUCAUCCGGGCAAGCUUUGGGAGGACACAAGAGGUUCCAUUGGCUGCAAACCGAUAGCACCUUCAUAACACCUUUUCAUGAUCAAUUUCAAUUCCAUUAUUAUGGCGCAGAAAACUCUCAGAAAUCAACUACAAGCUGUAGCAAAGACUCAGAAUUGCUUGAUCUCAACCUCCCUCCAGAUCAAACAGUUGAUGAGAAAUCUACACCAACUUAUUUAUCACCAGGAAUGAACAGUAUUAUUAAAUUAAAUAGUGACGAGGAGAACAAAGGUUCCGAAAACUAUAAUAAAAUCGAAAAUUGUGGCAGAAAUAAUAUAGGAGUAAAUAAAUUGCAUGAAUCUGAUCAUAAUUAUAACGGAGAAGAGGGAAGGCCGUGUAAGUUGGCAAAACACUGUAAUGUGAGAGAUUUGAAGCUGGAAGGAAUGUCUUCUCCAUGGUUGCAGGUCGGGAUUGCUUCAAACAAGUAGUAAUUCUUGCUAGUUGAGUUUGUCAAAAGGAAAGUGUUAGUAGUUUCAUACUGAUGUUCUCCUUCUAAUCAGCAAUUUCAAUUAUAAAUUUUAACUUGGUUUCUGAACU